GCCGCCCCCUGAGGAGGCGGCACGACUGGCGCUGCCCGGCAGAGGGGGAUGCCGGCGCAAGGCUAGUGUCGGUGCCGGAGCUGCCCUUCCCCCCAGCGCUGGGAGCAGAGUCACUCGGAGCGGGCUCCUGCCUCCCAACAGCCCGGUACGGGGCAGCGUGCGGGCGGCUGAUGGCCUCCGUGGACGAGCUCUCCGGACUCUGCUUGCAUUAGACCCUAGACUCCAGCUUCUGACCCUGGUCUGUCCUUGUCUUUGCUCUUCGAUUGCUGUUUGUAACCUGGCAUCUGACCUUCAUCUCCUGGUAAUCUUCCCCUGCCUACAUCCUGACUCUUAGUUUGUCCUCUGGCCUGUCUUGGACUCUGACCUCCUGCUACUUGACUUGGGCCGACUCCUGCUCCGACCACUACAUCUGACCACCGUUGUCCAGUCAUGACACAAACAUAGUUUUCGGGAUUUAACUUUUCUAGUUUAGGUGAGGCCUAAGCAGAAAGAUUGCUGAGACACCAUCAGUGAAAAUGCUAUAAAAAAGGUUAUAUAAAAUUUGAUUACUUAAGCGUUCCCAUCUAGUCCUGAUGUAUAUGAUUUUAUGGCAUCCCACGCCCCAUUUUUAUUAUCUUAUUAUGCUCAAACCUUUUCCUGUCCUUCACCAUUGUGCAUGCCUGCUGGCUUGUUGUGGGUUUUUUGUUUUGUUUUAAGAGUUGCUUAUGAUUAGUAGACUCCUUGCAUUGACAAAACCUUCAAAGAAAACAAUAUUAGAAUAUUUAUUUUUGAAUAAGGAAAACAAAGAAGAGGAUUAACUUUGCAGAUGCAAGAAAAUAAUUGCCAACAAUGGUUGCUUUUCUGUGAGAGCAAAAUUAUGGGUUCUGAAGAGAAUAACAAUGAAUUGUAUAAAAUAACCACUACUCAGCAAGCAGUUGCCUCUUGUUGUGGCGCUAUUGUUACAUCACUGUUGGUGACACCUCUUGAUGUUGUCAAAAUUCGACUGCAAGCCCAAAGCAAUUCAUUCGCUAAUGGAAAAUGUUUUGUAUACUCCAAUGGUCUUAUGGAUCAUGUAUAUGUCUGUGAGGAUGGGAACAGCAAAGCCUGGUAUAAGAAACCUGGCCAUUUCAGAGGGAUGUUGGAUGCGUUUGUGAACAUUAUUAAAAUAGAGGGUAUUAAAUCACUGUGGAGUGGACUUCCUCCAACGUUAAUAAUGGCAGUUCCAAGUACAGUUAUUUAUUUUACCAGCUACGAUCAACUAAGUGAAGUUUUGAUAUCUAAACUAGGAAAAGACAGUGACUACAUUCCAGUUCUUGCAGGCUCCAUAAGCAGAUUGGGUUCAUUAACUAUAGUAAGUCCACUGGAAUUGAUCAGAACUAAAAUGCAGUCUCGCCAAUUAUCUUACAAGCAACUGCGUAUAUACAUCAAUAAUACACUGGCCAAAGAUGGUUGGCUUUCACUCUGGAGAGGCUGGGGUCCCACUGCUCUGAGAGAUGUACCUUUCUCAGCAAUAUACUGGUAUAACUAUGAACACAUCAAGAAGCGGUUGUGCAAGACAUUAGAUGCACAUGAACCAACAUUUAUGAUCAGCUUUACUUCAGGGGCAACAGCUGGCUCUAUUGCAGCUACAGUAACUUUACCAUUUGAUGUGGUGAAAACACACAAACAAACUGAAAUUUGGGAAUAUGAGACCUUAAACUUAUCACAGAAGAGGUCCACAUCAACAUGGACAGUAAUGAAGAGAAUUGUUGCUGAGCAUGGGUUUACUGGAUUAUUUGCUGGUAUUGUUCCACGGUUGAUUAAAGUUGCUCCUGCUUGUGCCAUAAUGAUCAGCACCUAUGAAUAUGGGAAGUCCUUCUUUCGUAAAUUAAACAAACAAAAAAUAUACAAAGCUAUUAAUUCUCACUCAAGCUGAGAUUGCAAUGAUAGUCAAGUAUCUGGUCACGGUUGUGCCAACUUUGACUGUUGACUAGAAUUAAACUAUUCCAGACCAGGUAAAAUUCAACCAUGACGUUUGCUAACCAGAUGCAAUUCCCUUUACUUAGCACUUCCUUCAGGUUGCUUAUGCACCUUUAUUUCUGAAUUCAAAAAAGUGUAAGAGUGCUACGUGGUGUGUAUAUUCCUAGAACCAUUGUUUAAAAUUUCAUGUGAAUUCUCUCUUUAAAGACCAUGCUUUUAGAGAGCUAAGGAAGUAAAUUGAUAGUUUUAUAAUCAUCAGAAAUGGGUAAAACACACUUUGAGGAUUGGUCAGAAACAUGAAAUAGUAUUUGCCACCUGUAUUAAAGAAAAAACCUCUUUCAGUGGAAAAUGAGACUGGUAUGGAACAUGAUUAUUUCUGACAUGCAUUUUAAUAUUUCUCCAAAUAGCCUCUCUUAAAUGUAUUUAUGCUCUGAGAAUCUAUUAGGUUUGUGUUCAGAAAAAUAGACAAUAUGUAAACAAACAUGGAAAGUCUUUCAUGAAUGCUCAAUCAUGUAUCUAAACAUAUCUAGAUAUUUGUCCCUUCAAGGAGUGGUUGUCUUGGCAUCAGUCUUCUUUGUUAUUGAAAGUUAGGUUAAGUAUUUCAUCAGUGUUUCAGUGAGACCGAGGGUAGAAGGGGGCACCACUAAAUAGCCUAGAAAUAGAACUGUAAAAAACAUUUAUAUUUGGCCUUCCAUAUAUGUGGUUUGAAAAUUGUAAGUAGGAGUAUCCUAUAGACCACAAAUAUAAUAGUUAGGAAUCCUGUAACUUUCACUGGUCCUAUAUUGAUUAGAAACUUUACAUUACACAAUCUUGAGUUAAAUGAAUAAUCAGAAUUAAGUUGUUUGCUAUGUAACCAUUUGCAUGUUUUUCACUUUGAUUCUGUUGCCAUUUAAGUUGCAAUUUCAAAGCAAAAUAGUUUAAUAUUUGGAUUCCAUUGCAGAGCCAUGUAUUAAGCUGAUUAGCUGGUUUAUUUCUAAAAGUUGGAAAUCAAAUUUCCCAUUAAGAGCCUGAGCCUGGAUUUUUGCACAUCCAAAAACUCCAGAGGGAAGCUUUGUGAUGUCCAAGCAAGGUAGGAGGGAGCCUACAGGAGGGUAAAAUGUGCUACCUAUGACGACUAGUUGUGUGCAAUCUUACUUUUGAAGUACAGUGGCUAUUAUGCUAAGGAAUUUUAAAUAUUAAGAUGUCUUGGAUACCUUUUGGGUGCAUGCAAGAGGUAUGAUGAAAGCUUUCACAAAACUAACUUCACUUCCAUAGCAUCUGAGGACCACAACCUAGUUCUUUAAGAAUUGGCAUUUAAGGUUUCUUGGUGGUGAAGGGGGGAGGUGUUAAACUUUGUCAGGGGUUCAUCUUUGUCACCUAAAACUAAAGUAUGUAGGUGACCUUUCUACAGCCCUGAAGCAGUAAGCUAGAAAUCACCAGUUCAUUUGUGGCUCUUCAGGUUUUUAUCCUUUCAUUAAUUCUGGACUGCUCUUUGUCCCCACUGAUCGCAUUGUAGGCUUUGUUGUUGCUAUAUUUUUAUGCACAGUACUAGUACAUCCACUUCAUAGUGACUAAGUGUUGCCUGUCAUGCUCACAGAGUUCAGUAAACUAAGAUAGUGCCCACUAUAUGUUAUGUGGCCAAGGAAAGAGAGCUUUUUUUUUCUUGUGGAAAAACACAGUUUUGCUAGCCAUCAAAGAUGAUGAUUAAGAGUCCUGCAGGUUAAAAGGAUGCAGAAUAAACAAUGGUGAGAGGGGGCAGGAAAAUGAGUUCUCAUUCAAGUGAUCCAUGAAGAAUUCUUUCUCAGGAUAAUUUACACUUUAAUAAUAUAAAAAGAAA